UGUUUCUCCUGUCAUUCGACGUUUAGCAUUGACAGCGAGUGCGUCAUUAAUCCACUAUCUGUUGGUUUGUGCAGUUACAUUCGCUACCAAUCUACCACAAUCAACGCACGAACAAUUUUUUGGAAUCUGUUUAGUGGCCGGCGCACCAAUUUCAUCAUGGACCCAACUUGUAAAUCCUUCGAAUCCUUGAAAGAUGCAGGCAACCAAAUUUUCAGAGAAACAUUUCGAGAUGACUCGCUUUCGCCUGCCGUGUAUCAACAUCGGAUGUGCAAAGCUUUACAAUAUUACAACAAGGCUGACAAUUUGACUCGCAAUGCCCAAGAGAAGUCGUCCAUUUUGAAGAAUAUUGCCGCUACAAAGUUCCGCAUCGGGGAGCGAUUGUACACCCGAAAGUACCAGCAUCAACAACCGGCGUUCGCAAACUUACAAUCGACUCUGCAGCUAGAAAAAGAAUUAAAAUUUUAUUUGGAAGGAAGUCUGGAAAACUUUGUCCAGGCAGCGAAAAUAGGAAAACCAGUCCAAAACGCAGACUGGAUUUCUAAGCUGACAGAAAGUCAACAAGAAUGCGCUUAUCUCCUCUGGAAUUUCUUCUUAAAAUCGUUGAAACAAGAAAAAUUAUCUGUUCUCUUUGGACGUCUGCAUAAACUUUGCUGGAAUCUCAAUGGAUUGACUCGAUCUAGCUUUUUUCUCAAACUUGGCCGCUUGACAUUUGAAAAGGCCAUCGAACAUCAAGAUAACGGUAGAUUCAUUGAAUCCCUGCAAUUGCUGCGCGACAACUACCUCAACAUUGAAGAAGCUAAGAAAGAUAAAGACCAAUGUGAAGAGGCUAUCGAAUUAGAAGAGUCCAACUUCAUCCACUUGUCCAUUGGCGAGUCGACUUUGGCCAGGCAAAAAGGGGAUGACCUCUGGAGAGGAAUCAUGAUGGAUGAAGAGAGUAUUCAAAUGGAGUUGGUAUGGGAUGCUGUCGAUUAUUAUGUCCAAUCGAUCGUCUUGUCUAGAGACAAAUCGCUGGAAAGCGAAGCCAUGGCUCACAGUCAUCUCGGUCGACUUUACGAGUUGCUCAGAUUCAAUGACAAAUCUCACGACCACUACAAACUCACCGUGGAUCUGGUGGUCGCCAUGCAGCCCAAGAAUUUCAACGACCACCCUUGGUACAAACAAGCUCUGGCCGGAUUACAUCAGUUCCAGCAGCAACAGCAAUGGAAGGAAAAAGAAGAAAAGGAGCGGGUUCGUGCUCCGAUAGUUGAGGAGUUGAAAGAUGUGUUGUACGAAAUGAAACGAGCGUCGGCAAGAUCAGCCGGGUCGCUGAUAGACUUCAUCUAUGCCAAUCAUCCACCCAAAAAUGGGCAACAGAAGUCAACUGAUGGUAACUUGAAGACGCAAUUGAAAAUGGCACUAUUACAUUAUCAUCCCGACAAGCAAAAUGUUGAAACUCAUGGAUUGAAGUGGAUGGUCAUGGCUGAAGAGAUAACACUUUUACUAAAUUAUCAUUAUUCUGGAUUUAAAUGAACAGCAGCACAACACAAUUAAUUCAUA